UAAUUCUCUUAUUUCUGUUUCCCUCACUUUCUCGGCAACCAAACGCAUUCCAAUUUUGUUAAUCCCAGACCGCCAUUUUCACUCACACUUCUGCUUCUUCUUCUUCUUCUUCUUCUUCUUCUUCUCACUCUCUCUCUAUCUCCACUACUUCACUGCGCUUCCGACUCAGAGCUCCGAUCCUUGCUCGAAUUCAAGAAAGGGAUCCACAGCGACCCCAACGGUGCCGUUUCGUCUUGGGACUCGGCUACCGUCGCAUCGUUGAACACCAGUGACUGUCCCUCCGCCUGGCACGGCGUCUUCUGCGAAGGCGGCGACGGCGCAAACUCGGGCAAUGUCACCGCUAUCGUCCUCGAAGGUCUCGCACUCGCCGGCGAGUUGAAGUUUCAUGCUCUCACCGAACUCAAAGCGCUCAGAAACCUCAGCCUCGCCGGAAACAACUUCACCGGCCGAGUUGGAAUCCUAUUUCAAAAUUCACACUUGGUUUCAUAUUUUUUUAAAAUUUUCUCGGCAACCAAACGGUGUACCACUUGGUUUCAUAUUUUAUUCCUCUAUUUUCCUGUAACUGAGCUGUUACUGUAUUUUUGGGCAUUUUAGUAAUUUUGAUAAUUAGGUGGGUUGGUUUUCUAUUAUAAUUGGGUUGGGUUUAGAUAAGAAGCAAUAAGUUAAAAUGAGUUUUAAUGGGUAAAUAAGUUUUAUAUGCCCAAUCCAAUUAUACUUAACUAAACCCACCCAUUUUACACACCUAGCCCAACAAUGAAAGAUAAGCCGUCUACCCAAUUCAUAUACUGAUACGAACUCUUCUCGGCUCGGUUUGGUCUUAACUGGUCUUAACAAGUGAGAGCUCACAGUGACAGAGGCAUUUCAUUGAGAUCCUAAGCUGAGAAACAGGAUCCUUUGUGGUUGUGGCAUUGCAUUAUAGACAGGGAUAACAAUUCCACUUUUGUGGGAGAUUGCUGAAACAAUGCAAAAUCUGCACCGUGUUUUAUCCCGAUUGUCAUCCACUUCACUAGGCUCAAGCACUACAACAGCCAGAGUUUUGACAGACAAAACAAAAACCAAGUUGAGAAAUGAUGCAAUCAACUUGAGAGCCUUUUCAGCAAAAUCUGGUGAAAAUGAUGGGAAAGAUGAGUGGGAUAAGAGUGUGGCAGGAUCAUUUGGUAAUACGACGUCAACUGAUUUGGGGUGGGAUUCUGUGUCCUCUUGGUCAACUGGGUUGACCAAGGAGCAUUUUGAUGGUGAGGCACCCCCACCUAGUGGAGGAGACACGUCACAUUCUUUGGUAAUCUCUGGAUUGCAAGAAAUUGAUGAUAGGCUGAAAGAAUUGGAGGCGGAGAAUCGAAAGAGUAAGGCAUUUGUGGAUGGGUGGGGUGAGAGGAUGCGGGAGAUGAGUGUGCUGUUGAAGCAAGUAAGAGAGCCUGGUGCUAGAGGGUCUUAUCUGAAGGACUCGGAGAAGGCCGAGAUGUAUCGCUUGCACAAACAGAACCCCGAGGUGUACACAGUCGAGAGGCUAGCCAAGGAUUAUAGGAUUAUGAGGCAGAGAGUGCAUGCCAUUCUUUGGUUGAAGGAGCUUGAGGAGGAAGAGGAGAAAAAGCUUGGGCAUCCUUUGGAUGAUUCUGUUGAGCUCUUGCUUGAUACUUGUCCUGAAUUUUUUAAUUCUCAUGACAGGGAAUUCCAUGUGGCUUCCCUUCCUUACAAACCUGACUUCAAAGUCAUGCCAGAGGGUUGGGAUGGUACCACCAGAGAUCUCGAUGAAGUCCACUAUGAGAUAUCCCAGAAAGAAGAUGAAAUGCUUUAUCAAGAAUUUCUCCAGAAGAUGAACUUCAACAAAAAGAAAUUGGCAGGGGAGGUGAAAUGCCACAAGUAUAGCCGACGCCGUCCUUCAGAGGGGUGGAAUUUCACGGUAGAGAAAAUGGGACCACGAGGGAAACGUGGAGGUGGUGGUGGCUGGAAAUUUGUCAGCUUGCCUGAUGGUUCCAGUCGACCUCUGAAUGAAAUGGAGAAAAUGUAUGUGAAGCGAGAGACCCCCCGCCGCCGACGGAAGAUAUUGCCGUGAUGACCAUGUCUAUGUUUUUGAAUCAAUCUCAAAAUCAAGGAUUUUUGUAGCUUUUGUGUUUUCGACUGAGGUCUUGUUAUCAUCAUUUUAUUUGCCUCAAUUUUUAUUUAAUAUUUUUCUUCUGUUGCAUUAGUAUUAAGACUUUUUAGGAAGCAACUUUGUUUUGAACAAAGGUGCCCUGUGAGCAAUACUUCCUCCUUGCCUCUUAUUGAGUCUAAGCUUGAGGAAACUUUAGGUGAAAAUUAAUGCAGCUUCAAGCAAUUAGAGAUUUUAAAAGCCUGGGUUUCUCUUAAUGCUGCUGCAGUCUUCUCAAAGCUCGGACUAACCUAGUGGAGUGUUUGGAAACAGAUUUUGCUGCAAUCCUGAGCAGCAGAGUUGUCUGCUCUAUCAAUAGUGAAGCAAUUAUCACUUGGAUGUUUAAACAGGACUGAAGUCCAUCGGAAUAGAAGUCCCAUGCCACAAGUACAGCUAAUGGAGUGGCUUAUGAACUUUCUUCUGUAUGAUUUAGAUCCUUGCCAUUUCCAAAAUAAUUUCCAUUCUUGGCAUUAGACAUAUUCUUUCUUCGUCAGUUUUGUUAAAGUGUUUUUAACUUUAUAUCAAGUUUUGGCUUACUAAUAAUUUUAGUGCAAUCUUGGAGAAUGAAUAGACAUGGAUCAACUUCUUGUU